UUUCUGUGCUUGACAGAGGUUCUCGUGAUGUCGCGAUUUUCCGGUGUGCAGGGUGCUCCUCCGAUUGAGGUCUUUGCUUUAACUCGACGUUACACUGAAGACAAGCAUCCAAAUAAAGUUAAUCUUGGUGUUGGAGCUUACCGAACGGAUGAAGGAAAGCCGUGGGUGUUGCCGGUCGUGCGUCGAGCCGAAAAGCUGAUCGCGGAGGACCAAUCCCUGAAUCAUGAAUACUUACCUGUGCUUGGGUUGGAUUCGGCAUCGGCUGGCGCUACUCGAAUGGUACUAGGGCCUGAUUCUCUUGCCCUGAAGGAAGGAAGAGGUGUUGGUAUCCAGUGUUUGAGUGGCACGGGGUCUCUACGAGUCGGAGCCGAGUUUCUGGCCCAGAUUUUGAAGUAUUCUGUGUUUUAUUACUCGUCUCCAACAUGGGGAAAUCACAAACUCAUAUUUAUGAAUGCUGGAUUCAAGGAAGCCAAAACCUACCGUUAUUGGGACGCCCAAAAUCGCAAGUUGGACCUUGCUGGAAUGCUUGAAGAUCUGCGAAAUGCCCCGGAAAAUUCCGUCAUUAUAUUACAUGCAAUUGCUCACAACCCUACUGGCGUUGAUCCCACUGAAGCGGAAUGGAAAGAAAUUGCUGAUGUUAUUGAGGAAAAGAAGCUAUUCCCGUUUUUGGAUUGUGCUUACCAAGGGUUUGCGUCUGGUGAUCUUGAUAAAGAUGCGUUUGCCGUUCGUUACUUUGAGAAGCGUGGAUUUGAAUUCUUAUGCGCCCAAAGUUUUGCCAAAAAUUUCGGACUCUACAAUGAAAGAAUUGGAAAUCUGACUCUAGUCACGAAAGAUGCCGAAACCAUUUCGAACAUCAAGUCUCAAAUUACUCUGCUUAUCCGAGGAAUGUAUUCGAACCCGCCGUCUCACGGAGCUCGAGUUGUGUCCAUGGUCCUCAAUGAUCCAGAAAUGUUCGAGGAGUGGAAGGGUUGCAUCCGUGAGAUGUCCGGGAGAAUAAUCACUAUGCGAAAGGCUUUAAGAGAUAGGUUGGAGAAACUCGGAACCCCUGGUCAAUGGAAUCAUAUCACUGAUCAGAUCGGAAUGUUCUCAUUCACUGGAUUAUCAGAAAAACAGUCCAUGCAUCUGAUUGACGAAUACCACAUUUAUUUGCUGAAGAGUGGAAGGAUCAACAUCUGUGGACUCACCACUUCGAAUGUGGAUUACGUUGCCGAGUGCAUUGAUGCAACUGUCAGGAAGGUCACGAAUGCUUGAGAUGCCUCGGAUAGGCAAUUUACCGUAGUGUUCUGCCAUCAUGGUAGAAAAUUUCUUUAGAAACCCCGAGUGGUUGUGGUGUACGGUCAUUUUUGGUACGACAUGAAUGAGCGUUAGAAUUCAUUAUCCAGAUGCCGUGCAAUGUGGGUUUCUGAUCGAAUUGUUAACCCAUUCUGUCUUGUGCGGAUAUUGUUUCUUAUAGAAUAUUCGAAGACUUGAAGCGAUCGUGAUUAGGGCUUCAUACACUUGUCAACGUUCAUGUCCAAGUGCUGUUUUAGAGAACUCUGAUGUGAUGGGUUCCAUUUUGGUCAUUAUGGACAGCGCCCGCUGUCCAUAUUGACCAAAUGCUUCGGUACUUCUAUCGGCGGCAUGACACUAUCGGGAAUUUCCGUAAUGGUGAAAAUCAUGUAGCACUCGUCACA